AUGGCCAUUCACGGUAUUGUGCACAUGUGGCAGGGCAACACUCAAGAUCUUCCCCGCGUUCGCCAUAUUGAGGGGCAUUGUAACAACAUUCACAAAGGAAAGGUGCGCAUCGGAUUCUGGGUUGACAAUUGUCAACAUGGAGUCGCUGGUGAUGCCUUCACUAGCGUGUUCCAGGCUCCGAGAUAGCUGGGUCCGCUGAAUUGAGAAAGUGCGAACACGAAAAUAUAACGGGAGGAAACUGGGGAGAGCAGAGGCGGCGGAGCCUCCUUCAUUUUUCCUUUUUCCCGCCUCGCUAACUUUUCGCGUACCUUUUACUUUUGCGUUUUCCUCCAUUAUCUGAGAACCUGGAAGAGGCUAUACCUUCACGGGCUGGCAGUGUGUGUCCCGGAUCUUCAUUGAAUAA